AUGGCCCAACAUAAAAUCCACGUGGCUGUGCUAGACGCCGACAUCCCCUGCCUCUCAGUAUACAAAGCGCGGGGUCUAUACAGCUCUCAAUUCCGCGUCCUCCUGCAAGCAGCCGCCCAACGCUUGAACAAAAGCCCAGAAAGCCUCCAAAACGGACCUCUCGCCAUUCAUGUAACGGCCUUCGAUGCCGUAGGCGGGUCAUUACCUCCUCUGGAAACCCUACGAACCAAACCCCAGGCCCCAGCCGAGCCUCACGCCGGACCAUUGAGUCCAAUAGACGCAAUCCUAAUCACGGGCUCAGCAUCCUCAGCCUACGAAGACCAACCCUGGAUCCAUGCACUGCAAUCCUACAUCCAAACAGUGCACACCCACUAUCCAAACAUAAAGCUUUUCGGCUCCUGUUUCGGGCACCAGAUCAUCGCCCAAGCCCUCCUCAGCACCAAGGCAAACACAAGCAACGCACCGGCAUCGACAUUCCACGUCACUCAAUCCCCCGCUGGCUUCGAAAUGGGCAUCCAGCCCAUCACCCUCCAGCCCUCCUUCACCGCGCGCUUCCCGCCUCUGGCGCGCGCCACAGCUCAGAAACCAUUCCGCAUCCAGCUGAUCCACGGCGACGUAGUGGCACCGACGCCUGAGGCUGAAGCUGCUGCGGACCAGGGUGGUCUUUAUAACCCCGGCCGGGUCCUGACGUACCAGGGCCACUUCGAGUUUGAUACUUUUGCCAAUGGGGAGCUUGCGCAGGAGUUUGGGCGUCGUGGGGGUUGGUCUGCGGCUGUUAUGGACGAGUAUCUGGAGCAGAUUUAUCGCUCACGCGUUCCUGGUUUGGAGGAUGACGAUGAUGCCAAGGCUGCUGCUGAAGCAGUUUUGCUGUUCUUUGCUGGGGAGGAUGGGGAUUCGAUGGGGUGUAAUGGUACUGGUAUGAUUACGCCUCCACUGGGUUGA